UCUACGACACCACUCCACCUCAUCUCCAUUUACUAUCGUCACCUUCACCACAAUCACACUUCAUCUUUAUUUAAAGCAACUAAACCUGCAUCCAUAAGUUCACCACAAACGCAUUCCAUCUCUAUGUACUUGCAGGGCAAGCUCGUACCUUUCAACCCAAAGUGCGCUGCUCCCUUACUAAACUCUGAAUUCAGGUCCUCCAUACCAUACAGAAACUCAAGCACAAAAGAUGAGAAAUCUCGUUUUCCAAGAUCCUGGGGUCAGAGUAAGCACCAAUACUACUCAAAGUCUAAAUCAAGCUUGGGAGCGAAUACGAGUUCCAGUAGUGGUGCCUGCUCUACACCUAGCAAUGUAUUUAUGCAUAGCGAUGUCCAUCAUGCUCUUUCUUGAGCGUGUUUACAUGGCAAUAGUUAUAGCAGGGGUCAAGUGCUUUGGAAGGAAAAGAUAUACCAAGUAUAAGCUCGAGUCCGUAAAAGAAGACCUAGAGAAAAAUAAAAACUACCCAAUGGUGUUAGUCCAAAUUCCCAUGUUCAACGAAAAAGAGGUUUACAAGCUCUCAAUUGGAGCUGUAUGUGGCUUGUCAUGGCCAUCAGAUAGGCUCAUAGUGCAGGUUCUUGACGACUCCACCAACGAAGUUUUAAGGACAUUAGUGGACUUGGAAUGUCGAAAGUGGAUAGAGAGAGGGAUAAACGUGAAAUACGAAACAAGAAACAACAGGAAUGGCUACAAAGCCGGUGCUCUCAAGGAGGGUCUAAAGAAGCAGUAUGUUGAUGACUGUGAGUUUGUUGUGAUCUUUGAUGCAGACUUUCAGCCUGAUGAAGACUUUCUUUGGAGGACCAUACCAUAUCUUCUCGACAACCCAGAACUGGCUCUGGUUCAAGCCAGAUGGAAAUUUGUCAAUGCAGAUGAAUGUCUGAUGACUAGACUUCAAGAAAUGUCACUGGACUAUCAUUUCAGUGUUGAGCAAGAAGUUGGCUCGUCAACAUGUUCUUUCUUUGGGUUCAAUGGGACUGCUGGCGUGUGGAGAAUUCGAGCAGUGAAUGAUGCUGGUGGAUGGAAAGACAGGACCACAGUAGAGGACAUGGAUCUUGCAGUCAGGGCUAGCCUUAAGGGUUGGAAAUUUGUGUUUGUGGGCGACUUAUCUGUCAAGAACGAACUCCCAAGUACCUUCAAGGCUUAUAGAUUUCAGCAGCACCGCUGGUCAUGUGGCCCAGCUAACCUCUUUCGCAAGAUGGUGAAAGAAAUCAUGUUUUGCGAGCGUGUAUCACUCUAUAAGAAGUUUCAUCUCAUCUACGGCUUCUUCUUUGUGAGGAAGAUUAUCGCACACUGGGUUACUUUUUUCUUUUACUGUGUCGUCAUCCCUGCAACUAUCUUGGUGCCUGAAGUCCAUCUUACAAAGCCUCUAGCUAUAUAUCUUCCAGCAACUAUUACCAUUCUUAAUGCUGCUUGCACACCAAGAUCUUUCCAUCUUCUUGUAUUCUGGAUCCUAUUCGAGAACGUCAUGUCUCUCCAUCGAUCUAAGGCAACAAUAAUAGGACUCUUAGAAGCCAGCCGAGUAAAUGAAUGGGUUGUAACUGAGAAGCUGGGGAACAUGAUGAAGCAAAAGUACAGUACCAAGGCAUCAAAGAAACCAAGAUCGAGGAUAGGUGAAAGGGUUCACGUCUUAGAGCUGCUAAUGGGAAUGUAUAUGCUACACUGUGCUAUAUACAACAUGCUAUUUGGAAAUGAUCACUUUUUCAUAUACCUAUUCCUGCAAGCAGGAGCUUUCUUCAUUGUUGGAAUUGGCUAUGUUGGAACAUUUGUCCCCAGUUAGAAAAUCUGGUAAACAUAGGAUGCCACUGGCAUGCAGGACAAACAGUGAGAACGAUGCCCAACUAGCAGACUAAUAGUAUGCAAGUGCUAAAUUGUAUAAAAAACUAAGCCCUAUAAGAGCUUAAAGGUUUCAAUGUAAUAAUGCGUUUUAUUAUUUUUAUAUGUUCAUUUGGCUGUCCAAAUAACUUUUGCUACUGUUCGUUGUGUUAUCAGAUUUCCACUGCAUAAUAUGUAUGUAGUAAAUUAUGAAAGAUGAACAUU